CGGUUGUACUGUGCGGAACUUUUGUUGUACCCUGUCUACAAGUUCGUUUGACGAUAACUCUUCAUGGAAGUGGAUACUGGAUAGGGUGAUAUCAGUUCAGGUCCUUUUUCUCUACUCCCCCGACAUCGGUUCUCCAUUGAUUCAGUUUUGAAGAAGAAAAAGCAUCAGAAAUGGCGUCUUUUUCUGCAUCUCCCUCCAUAUCUUGUUUCACAGCUAUCAAACCCAAUAAAAACCCUACUUCCCUGUUGCCCACUUCUAUUUCUGCUAGCACUUUCUCAUGUUCUUUAUCCAAUCGACUUCGGGUGGCCCGUGUUUGUUUUAGCAUUCCCAAUUCUUACCCUAAUUCAUCGGUAUCCAAGACAAAUUUGUCAAAUUUGAAGAAGAUAAGAUCUGUUGCUGAAGAUACAGUAAUUCCCGAACAACAAGAAGACACCAUCAGCAACCAAGGAGAAGUCGAGGCAACCGUUUCUGUUCCAGUUUCUCCUUCCGAUAUCCUCACCAUGUUCUUUCAGGCCGAGGGAACAAUGAGUGAAGCAGCUAUUCCUUCAGUGACAAGUGCUCUACAGGAGACGGAGGGCAUUUCAAACUUAAAAGUCCAAGUUCUUGAGGGUAUUGCAAGCGUUGAGUUAAAGAAGAAAACAACAGUGCAAGCUACUGGAGUGGCUUCUAAUCUGGUUGAGAUCAUACAAAGUUCUGGUUUCAAGUUACAGGCACUCAAUUUAAGCUUUGAGGAUGACUAUGCCAAUUAAAAUUUCUAUUUCAUUUGUUUAUUUGGAAUCUUUUCCUCAAAGUUGUUGAAAUUUCUUGCUGAUACUAUUUUUAUUUUUCUUUUAUUUGCAUUGAAUUGUGUUCCGGAGUGAUAUAUAUAGUUAUGGAAAUAUUUAGAGAUACCAUUUGACCCACAAUAAGGUAUUCAGUGUUCUGCUAUCAGUUCUGCAUUAAAGUUUGUACCUUGUUCAUAGAUUCUUGAACCUUAUUUAAGAUUGGUGUCAGCUUCGAGUCACAUUCAAGUCGUUGACUUUUUUUUACAAUUAGAUUUAACACCCCAUUACCACAGUCAUGAAAGAAAUCAUAAUGAAGGAAGAAAGGGUAUCUUGAUGAAUUAUGACAGAAAAUUGUUUUGAUAGUAUACAAAUCUCCAAAAUUAGAAAACAAAACUCUUAAUAGAAUUAAUUUAUGGGAUCAGAAAUCUGAUUUAGUUGAAGGAGUCGCACCUACGGCGGAUCUGUCCACUCCGGCCAGUUUUCACACCGUACAAACUCAGCUUCUCAAUUGCUCGACUAAAUGCCUCAAAGAACUUCUUCUGGUCUCUUGCGUACAACUCUACAAACGGCCGUGUUCGAGCAUCCAUUGUGAGUGCCCUAUCCGAUCUCAAAACCCCCAAUCCCCUGGGCAAGUUUUUAUAGUACGAGUUAUCGAAGUCUCGUGGGGUCAUUAUGUCGUUAAACACCGAUAACGAUGGGUUUUUCUUGUAGUCGGCACAUGCGUUUCUUAGCCCGGCGGCGUAUCUUGGAUUGUAAGACGGAUCGGACUGUGCUGUUCUGCUGUAAUUGUAAAUGUCUGAGCUGAAUUCACUGCAAUGAGAGAAUCCGAUGGUGUGGGCGCCGGUUAAUGCCACCAUUUCCUGGACUGAAAACCCUCUGGAUGUGAAGAUCUUGAUGAUUCGAUUCAUGGACAUGGUUGGUUUUGGGAGGAUUAGUUCGGCGCGUGAGGCUCUGGACACCACUCCGUCUCUCCGGCCGAGUUUCACGUUGUAGAAUGGCCCACCCAUCAUCGUCACGAGGUUGCGCGUGGCGACAGCGAGGAUGUCAGCACAUGAGACAACUCCAGGGCAGGAGAGCUCGAGGGCGGUUUUAGCACGGACGACGACGUCGAAGCCGUCUCCAGGAAGGGAAAGGUUGAUGUCGGCGUCACGCUCGGCCUUAUUGAAAGGAGUGGAGGAGAUAAGAACGGAGGCGUCACAGCCCUCGACGAGGCAGUCGUGGAAGAAGAGGCGUAGAGCUGCGCCGGCGGUGGUGGGUGAGGCGAUCUGCUUGUUGGUGGUGGUGUCCUGCAUUAUCUGUUCAAAUCUGGGACAUGAUUUCUGGUAGAAAGUGGUGGUGAGCUGCUGAGAAUGUGAAGAUGCGAUGAAGAGUGAGAUGCAGAGGAUCAAACUCAACGGGUUUACUCUUAUCGCCAUGGCCGAGCUUCUGUGUGCAAGCUUCCGAAGUAGCAGACGAGCUAAGAAAUGGCAUCUCCUUUAACGAGAAGGGGUUUUAUGCUACUGUUGUUUUCACUUUCUGUCGUGUCAAUUAAUAAUUAU